AGGACCGCAGCAGGAGAGAAGCCGCCGCUGUCGCGAAGAAAAUGGCGCUCGCUUCUGCCAAACAAUUGUUAGACGAAUUAAUGGGAAGAGAUAGAAAUCUCGCCCCAACAGAAAAGAAAAACACGUGUAGCUGGGAAGACCAAGAUGUUUGCAAACACUUCUUGGUGAAGUUUUGUCCGAACGAACUCUUUGUGAACACAAAAGCAGAUCUGGGCCCAUGUAGCAAAAUUCACGAUGAAAGACUCAAAAAGGAGUAUACGGAAUAUUACAGCUACGAGCAGAGCAACCGCUACCGAAAGGAGGGCUACGAGGAGAGCUUCCUGCAAUUCUGUCAAAGCAUGCUGUCCGACGUGGAGAAACGGAUCCGCAGGGCAAGACAGCGACUUUCUCUCGGCAACAAGGAGGUCCCGGGAGCUGGUGGGAUGGUCAACAAGCAGCAGCCGCCUCCUGAGCCCACGGACGAGCGGGUCAUCGUCCUCAACGAGCGUAUUCAGGAGCUCUUGCGCCAGGUGGAACAGCUCGGCUGCGAAGGGAAGGUGGAGGAAGCACAGGGCAUCAUGAAGCUCUGCGAUCAACUCAAAGAGGAAAGAAGGGCAAUAGACAAGGACUCUGACACCAGCCACUGGCUCAAACAAACAGCGGAAUUGGCGGCAGCGCAGGAGAAGCAGAUGGAAGUGUGCGACAUCUGCGGAGCGUUCCUCAUCGUUGGCGACGCCCAGCAAAGAGUCGACGACCACCUCACCGGAAAGCAGCACGUUGGCUACGCGAAGCUCAAAGAAGCCGUCGACGAAAUUUUGGCUCGGCGGGAGAAAGAACGCGAAGAGAAAGAGAAGCUGAGAGAGAAAGAACGGGAAGAGCGCCGCAAGCGCAGAGGAGUCGACGAGGACGAGCCCGUGGUCGUGCGUCGGCGCGUGGAAGAACCCGUGUCCGUGGAGCGAGACGACAAGCGGAGGCGGAGGAGCCGCUCCCCACGGGAAGACAGGCGCAGGAGGUCGCGCAGCCGGGACCGGCGGGACCGGGAGAGGGACCACCGGAGGCACAGCGACCGGGACCGCCACCGGGACAGGCGCCACGGCAGUCGGGACAGAAGCUCGUCUAAAGUGACUAACGGAGGCGCAAGCCCCAAGCGCUGAGACAUCACCGAUGUCAAGUGAGUUCACGGGAUGCCAGAGGAGAGGCAGGAUGUGUGGCAAAAAUGAGCCCCCAUCAGAAAACAUUUUGUGUGACAUAUCUCUCAAGUAAGUUCUCUAUGAAAGCAUAAUAAAGCCAAGAAAUGAUGCCAAGCAGCAAGACCACAGGCGAGAACCUUCUUAUUCCGACACGGGUUACUUUUUUUUGUCAUUACAGUUUUUUUUUUUUUUUAUGGUGGUGUUAUUUGCUACUAUCUUUUUUUUUUUCUCUCUCUCUCAUUCUUUCUCUCUGAUUGUGGAUGUUUCUGUGUGUGUUCUAUUUGAGAAGAUCGAGACACUACUACUACUACCGGCUCACUACGUAUUUGGUUGCUUGCGGCCUGACUGCUGUCUUGCUAGUUUCUCGUUUUAGCUUCUAGUAAAGGAAAAAGCCAUGUGACGCACGCAGAUUUAUUCCGAGGUAAGAGGUUGCGUUCUAGCGUCGAGGGGGGGGGGGGGGAGGGGAUGUUACGGAUUUCUUUACGGAAAGUUUUUCUCAGGAACGCGGAUUGCACCGCGAGAUUACGAAGGGGUAAGAAUUGAAACGAUUAUAAUUCGGUGCGGUCUAGCGCCAUAGCGUGCUAAAAUGGAGCACGGAAGUUAGCCUGCAACUAUCACAACCGAUCCGGACUGUGCAAUUUUACGUACUCCAAUUGCCGUAAAAAUUCAAACUUCUCCGGCACUCGCAACGCUUUGUGCGGAAACUAUAUAUUUGCAACUCGCGAAGCCGUUUCUAAGCUUUUCUCUUAAGCUUUUUACUAGGUUUAAUUUGGUUAUCAUUUCUGUUUUGUGUGCCAUAUAGGAGGCACCCCGUAUCUGCCACGACCGAUCCGGACUGUGCAAUUUUACGUACUCCAAUUGCCGUAAAAGCUCAAAAGUUUUCACACCCCCCGCCACUGUUGUUAUACCGUAAAUAAAUUUGCUACGUCUUGUGCAGAAAGAACUACAUAUUUGCAUCCACAAAAAUGUCUCUCUUACGGCUUUUGAACUUUUAUGGUAUUCCGUAGAGGGGAAGGAGUCGGACGGAGUUAUGGGAUACCAUAAAGGUAACAUGACCAGUUAAUACCAUUGUUGCUCCGAGAGUGACUCUCCUCCAAAGAGUGACUCUGCUUCUAUUUCUAGCGGCGGUCGCCCCCGCGUGUGUCGCAUGUGUUAAUCAUAUCCGGCUGUCACCGCCUUGGUUGCCACACACACAGGUGGGAGACGUAUGCUUCUCUUGAAGCGCUGCCAUUAAAUCAAUCAAGGAAUCACGUUACACUUGCUCUCGUUGUGAUCACACACAUGUGCCUGCCCUUCGGCAUGUCAGUCUGACAGGUUUGCUGCACAAAGCAACGGGCCAGACGCGCGGAUUUUGUAUAGGUCGUUACGCGGAGUGACGGAGCAGUCCGUAAAACGAGGUUCGCAAAGGACAGUAUAGUGUACCGAGUUUCUUACGUCAAUUUGUGAGUAAGAGGCGGGCUUGUAGAAAGAAGUAAAAUAAUGGGAUUAUAUGGUAUAUAAUGGUAUAUAUGGUAUGGUGUAUAAUGGUAUAAUGGGAUAAGAUAAUGGGAAUAAUGGCGUAAAAUGAUUGAUUUUUUUGACAAAGCUAUACAAACAAGUUUUGCUAUGAUCAUAAAAAACAAUGCAGCCUACUGGGCUUAGGCAUGUUUAUGGAAAUACGUUUAAGUCGUGAAAAAAAAUCUGUAAUGCAAAACGUGCGUCCGCAAAAGCUGAUUCGUUGCACAAAGUGAUGAUAUCAAACACUGAGUACGGCACGCUUACGGAAAUCCGUACGACAAUGUUCAUAUUCGAGAUAUAAGCAUUAAAAGUUCUUGGAACCUUGAUGAACACAGAAGAUGGUAGUAAUUGGCUCAGUUUUGAUCAAUUCGCAAGUUACUACAGCGGGCUGGAUGCACCUACAAUCGCUUUGGCAGCAAACUGGCUGGCAGCCGGUGGGCCGUUCUAAGUACCUGCUCGUUUGUCAUGCCACUCUUCUUUUUUCCAGCAUUGGGAACAAAAAAAGGGUGGACUCUAUGGAAUUGGAACUACUACCCCGUGGAAAGCAAGGUGUGACCUUCUGAAGCUUUGGAGGCAGUGCUUGCUUUGUGCUUAAGAGCCUUAAACUCGUUUUGUCUUCAUUUCUUAACACAGUCAUUCCACUAGUGCAUGAGUAAGAUGAACAACUACCUUUUCUUCAUUUGAUUCCCCCACCUUUCAUCCUUGACUGCCUUAAUAGAUUGAAUAAAUUCGAUGUUGUCACUUC